UUUUUCCAUUUGCUGAAAACAGUAUUAACCUCUUUAUUUCCCUUUUUACAAAAAGAGCAUUCGAAUCAUGGAGAGUAAUCGACUUUCUCAGUUUUUGUCUAGAAAAUUAUAUCAAUAUGAAUUACAAACAGCUUUAUACAUGUUAGAGCCUUGGGAGAAGGCUAUAUUCAACACAAUUGUAUUAAGCAUUGUCUCCUUAUCCAUUGUGACAAUGUACCAAUAUACACCUGUUAUUUUUAAGUAUUUUUCGACCAUUUAGAGGAAACAAAAUGACGAAUAUCACUUGUAAUGGCUCUUCCCAAAGCAAAUGCUCCUCUUUCCUUUUCAUCAACCUUUGUACAGUUAAAAAAACAGUUCCCUUCUUCACUGCAGUUAUCCUUCACUUACAUAUAAGUUCUAUCUACUCUUUACACAACCAUUUCAUUAAUCACGUUUUCCAAUAAAUUACAGUUUAUUAUGCAU